GCGAGCGUUGAUUGGCCGGCGGGUGCGCGAGCGGCCGAGGCCGUUGCUGAUUGGGCGUUGGCGCCGCGAGGAGCGAGGGUGUGUCCCGGGGCGCGAGGCACCAACCGACGGACGGACGGUCUGAGCGGAGCGCCGGGCGGGCGGGAGGCGGCGGCGGCGGCGAGAGGGAUGCUGAGCGAGGCGGAGAACGGCGGCGGCGGAGGGGCUGUCAGCGGCCCCGUGGAGAGCCCCGCGGGGGAGCCGGCGGCCGGGGGAGUCAAGCCAGCCCCGCCGGUGGUCCCUACGCCCGGCGCCGUGGCUCGGAACCAGGCAGCCAAGCGAGUCCUAGCCACCCAGGUGCAGGGCACAGUGAAAUGGUUCAAUGUCCGUAACGGCUAUGGAUUUAUAAACAGGAAUGAUACCAAGGAGGAUGUGUUUGUACACCAGACGGCUAUCAAGCGAAACAACCCCCGGAAAUUCCUCCGCAGUGUUGGCGAUGGAGAAACAGUGGAGUUUGAUGUUGUAGAAGGAGAAAAGGGUGCUGAGGCAGCCAACGUGACCGGCCCCGGCGGGGUUCCUGUGAAGGGCAGCCGCUACGCUCCCAACCGCCGUCGCUUUCGCCGGUUCAUCCCCAGGCCCCGGCAAGCCCAGCAGCCCCAGGACAGUGCCCGGAUAGAAGGGGCCGCUGAGACGGUCAGCGAGGGGGAGAGAAUGGACGACGUGGUUCAGCAGCGUCCCAGAAGGAGGCGUCCCCCACCUUUCUUCUUCCGCCGGAGGUUUGUGCGGGGCCCUCGGGCUCAGCCCCAGCAGCAGGCUCAGCCAGCAGAAGGUACUGAAAGCACAGAGCCCGGAGAUGCCACCCAGCCUGAGGGAGAUGCCCAGCAACAGAUCCAGGGUGGUGAGAGAGCCCCGGCCCCUCGCUUCCGUCCUAGAUACCGCAGGCCUUUCCGCCCACGCCCACCACAGCAGCCCACCACUGAGGGGGGAGAUGGCGAGACCAAAGCAGCACAAACCCCGGCAGACGGCAUCCGUCCAGAGCCCCAGCGCCAGCGCAAUCGGCCUUACUUCCAGCGCAGACGCCAGCAAACUGUUGCUGCUCGCCAGCCAGCAACUGAGGCUACCUCCACUCUGAAAGAGCAGCCUGCUCCCAGCUCAGCUGCCGCUGGCGGAGACACCCCAGCCGCCGGCACUCCUGCUAUGGCUCAAGAAGCAGCGGUGGAAGACAGCAAGCUUGCUUCCCCAGCCCAGGAGAGUCCCCCGCAGUCUCUGCCGGAGAUUCAGCAACAGCUUGUGGAUACUUCAGCCCCUGAGCCUGGGGGAGAGCUGGCCCCAGCCCUACUGGCAUGAUGAAUCUGCACGCAGUGAGGAGAUACCAAGAGCUGUGAUCUGGUAUCCACAAUGUGCCUGCAACCCAAGUUACCUCAUCCUGCACUUGAAGAGACCCCAAACUCCACCAGUCCCCCUUUGCUGCUGUUGAAGCCCUGAAUGUGUAAAAAAAAGAGUUAAACCUAAGGAACAUGAGGGGGAGCUCUGACCAAAAAGAAAACUUGCUUUCGUUUACAAAUCUUCUGAGGGGUUUGUCUUCCCCCCCUCCCACAGCUUUGCCUGUUUGAGAAGAAACUGGCUGUUGAAUCUCCAGUUAAUUUUUUCUUCCCCCCCAUUUUUUGAAGACCACCCUGUGUGAACCAUUGUGUGCAGUUUGGGCGUCAGUAAAAAAAAAUUUGCACAGAC